AUGAGUAUCUGUAAAGGGCAGCUGGAAGAUGACCCGAGGGGAUCUUUCAUCCUGGGGCUGAGUCCUAGGAAGCCAGCACAGGUGCGGGCGAUGGGCGCGCCCCAGACCUCGCUGAAAUCGGAUAGGCUCCAGGCCCUUCCGAAAACACACUUGAUAACGCUGCCAGCCGGCCCGCCCUCCCGGCGACUCGGAAGCCAGAGCGAGAGGCUGCGGCGAGCCAGCGAGGAGCCGUUAGUCGACUCGGCUCGCCCGCAGCGCCCUCCCUCGCCUCGGGAAGCCCUCUCGGCCCCGCCUCCUCGGCUGACGUCCGGGGCGAGCGGAGGCGGGCGCGUGGGUGGGCCGAGACGUCGGCCGCCCGCGAUUCGGCCGGCUCAGCCACACCACCGCGCGCCCCCGCUCCGCCCGCCCCUCCGGGCGCGUCUUUUCCGGGCUCGCGCCGCGCCGCGCCUCGUCCCGCCUCCGCCGGCCGUCCGGGUGCGCGCGGGCCGCUGCGGCUUUUUCUCCGGCCUCCGUGGCGCGCCCCUCCUCGCCCCAGCGCUAGCGGCCACGCGGUUUUUCCGCGGGCUUCCCGGGUGCCAGGCGCUGGCCGGCUGCGAAGACGCCGUGUGGACCGCGUCUCCGAUUGUAAUCAAAGAUAUUGGCCAGGUGGAAUACAAUUUUUCUUACUAA